GAAAAGAUUUCCUUCUUGGGAACAGAAUUGCUCCUCGUUUAUCACCAGUGGGCAGCGCCGUGUGACAGUGAAGCAAGACACAAGCUAAGCGGGUAGGUCCUAAAACCCGCAAAAAUCGGAGUCGAUACUACCACGACGAGAAGAAGGAAUAGACACAUAAGGCGGGGACGAAACCGACCGGGGAAGAUCCUUUUUUUGAUGUCUCGCUAGCUCUAGUCGAUGGUAGAUCGAUGCGGGGAAUCAGCAAUCAGCAAUGCAAUUAUUGUAAGGAAGGCCGGAACCGAAGCCGCACUGCUCCGCCGGAAUUGAGUCAGUUCGCCUCUGGUCCAUAAACACGACCUGCCGGCAGGUAUAAGAAAGGACAAAGAGAAGCCAGGACAUACUAGCAGAUUGUCAAAUAUCUGACCUUGAGAAUCGUCUAAGACCUGGAAACAUGAUUGCUGCAUAUUCGACCCAGGACGCCAAUUUGGCUGCCGUGCUCAAGCCAGGUGGCUCCUUUUACUACGAAACCCGCAAGGCACCAGAGAUUCAGUCCGAAAGGGAAGUCAUUGUGAAAAUCGUCGCAACCGGGCUCUGUGGCUCUGAUGUACAUUACUGGCAACACGGACGAAUCGGUCGCUAUGUGGUAGAGAAGCCAAUCAUACUGGGCCAUGAGUCAACAGGAAUCGUGGUCUCUUGCGGUAGCAAAGCUGAAGGGCUCGCCGUGGGAGACCGGGUUGCCCUAGAGCCUGGGGUCGCCUGCAAUACGUGCGAGCCGUGCCGCAGGGGCCGUUAUAACCUCUGCCGCGACAUGCGUUUUGCAGCGACGCCGCCAAUUGACGGGACACUUUGCACAUACUACCGCGUCCCGGUCGAGUGUUGUUUCAAGCUUCCCGCCCAUAUUUCACUGCGUCAGGGCGCAUUAGUUGAACCGUUGAGUGUGGCAGUGCAUGCUUGUCGGCUCGCAGGAGAUAUGCAGACCAAGUCCGUCAUCGUCUUCGGCGCGGGUCCAGUUGGACUCCUCUGCUGUGCUGUUGCCCGGGCCUUUGGUGCAUCUACCGUGGUGGCCGUUGAUAUUGUUUCCAGUCGGCUUACGGCUGCUGGCAAGUACGGAGCCACACAUACAUACCAAAUGAGUGACGCAUCGCCUGAAGUGAAUGCGGCCGACCUUCUCAAAGCGGCGGGACUCGAAGACGGUGCAGAUGUGAUCUUGGACGCAACGGGGGCGGAGCCCUGCCUGGUCUGUGGUCUGCACGCGGUCACGCCAGGAGGCACCUUCAUUCAAGUGGGCUUAGGUCGACCCAGUGUCACCGUUCCUAUUGGUCAAGUCUGCGAUAAAGAGGUUACUCUGAAGGGCAGCUUCCGCUACGGCCCUGGAGACUUCCGAACCGCCAUAGGACUGCUUGACGCCCGACGUGUCAGUGUCGACGGCCUUGUUACUCACGAAUACUCCUUCACGCAGGUCGAGGAAGCAUUCCAAAAUGUGGCGAACAGGAUAGGAAUCAAGAGCGUCAUAUAUGGGCCGGAGGUGGACGCAGAAACAGCCAAUGCUGUCAUAGCGUAGAAGCUGGGUUUCGGUGCGGUAACUUCUUUUCAUGGCGACCAUAAAACUUUGGGAUAUAGAGAUACACCGUAUAACGAGUUUAUGAAAUCCACUUGCAUCACAGUCCAUUCCAUGUGGUAUCCCAGAGCCAGUACAGCCCGUUUUCUACGUUGUUAUAAUGACCGUCUUCCCCAGGAGGUGUGAGACCAUUGGGCUGUUGCCAGUCGCCCGACGCAGGUAGCGCCCAGUCAUUCGUCGGUGGAAUGCUAGGAUGAGC